AUGGCUGAUCCUUUUCUAUAUCAUACUGGAGAAAGAUCUAAAUAUGGGUGCCUUGGACACGAAGUACAAAUUGAGCACAUCAAGGCAUAUGUUUGUAGACCAUCUUUUUUCACUGACAAAGCUGUGAUUGUGAUUCAUGAUGUAUUUGGAUGGCUGUUCCCAGACAUUAGAUACAUAGUCGAUUUGAUUUCAGGUCAUGGAUACAUAACCAUCUGCCCAGACUUCUUCAAGGGGACAGAACCCUGGAAAAGUACUGAUCACUGGGCUGACUUUGCUGACUGGAUGAAGCAUCAUGAUCCUAUGAAAGUAGACAAGGAAGCUGAUGUUGUCUUGAAGUAUCUAAAGGAACAAUGCGGUGCAAAGAAGAUUGGUAUCGUUGGGUUUUCCUGGGGUGGAAUGGCAGUACAUCACUUGAUGCUGAAAAAUCCUCAAUUAACCGCUGGGGUGUCCCUCUAUGGAAUAAUUAGAGACUCAGAAGAAAGAUACAAUUUACUAAAUCCCACAUUUUUCAUUUUUGGUGAGAAAGACCACACUAUUUCUUAUGAUCAGAUCACUUUACUGGAGGAGAAGCUGAAACAGUACUGCACAGUUCCAUAUAAAAUUAAAGUUUAUCCUGGGCAAGUUCAUGGGUUUGCACAAUUGAAGCCAGAAGAUAUGAAACCUAAUGAUAAACCUUAUAUUGAAGAAGCUAGAAAGGAUAUGAUUGAUUGGAUCAAAACGUUCGUUUGA